AUGGUGGUGCUAUGGGUUGUGAUGGUCUACGAGGCGUGCGGAAUGUCAUACGGUAUGUAUCAUGAAUUAAUAUUUCUUUUUAGAUUGAAAUCGGCUAAAAUUGUAUAAAUAAAAGUAUUUCUUUGAUUUUCAAAAUUCGAAUUUUGAAUUUUUAAAAUGAAGAGUAUAAUGUUCCAACAAAAAGUUUAUUUUUUUCAAAAGAAAUUGGCAGAGUUAUGGCCUAAAAACAUCUUUUCCAGCCGCUCUCCUCAUCUUGCUUAUUCUCUCGAAUAAAUCAGCGAAUUUAUCGAAAUCAAAGAUUAAUUUUUCACCAAUUUUCAGAUGAAAAACUCAAAAAAUUCGACAAAGUUCGAAUCGAUGAGCGAAAUUUCGCCAAAAUUCACAACAUCCACGUCAACUGGUAUGGGACCUCGAUAAAAGCGAUCAUGGGGCAGCUCGGCAAAUCGCUGUUCAAGGAACUGGAUGACGGUAGGAAACGUUCGCCGAAACAUGAUGUUUUAGAUGAUCGCCGGGCUCUUGCGCGGUGUCUGGAUAAGAUCGAAGAUCGAAAGGAUCUCGAGGAGAGUGCGAAGUGUCUGGUGCGAAGUCGUAAAAGUUCUUUGUCGAAGAAACGGAAGCGAACGGAAGAAGAUUCCGGCGAAGAGUGGGUUGGUGGGUUCCGGCAGGACGAUUCGAAUGGUGUGACGAAACGCAAGGCGUUCCGGGAGGUCUUGGGACAACAGACAAGCAAGGAGGUGAGAUUUUCAACGACUUGCAUUCGAAUUACCAUGAAUUUUAGGCAAAUGUCACUAAAAUACCCAGAAUAGCCCUGCUUCGGCGACGAGUUGUCAAUGGGAUUAGAAAGUCGCAGAGAAGAGGAAACAGGCGGAAAAGAAGCUCUCGCUGGACUCGAUUUGGCGAUCUGGACAACGAGCCCGACAACACCUUGAAAGUAAUGGAACCGAUCUUCCCAAUGUGCUUAUUUUAGAGUUGCAGGUGAGAAAUGUCACCAAAUCCGGAGGACUGCGUGGAGCCAAGGAACGGAGUCCCGUUUCUAGGGUAAGUAAUAUCUAGAUUGCGAUUAUUUGUCAGUUUACCUACAAUUUUGCUCCAUUCUCUUAUUAGGUAGCCGACCUAAUCUCAAUGAUUGCCAUGGGCAAUGUUACUGUUGAUGAAGCGGCAAAAACUAAAGCGGUAGAAUGGAAACAGACAUAUGAUCGGCUGCUCAAUCUCAAAAAGGUAUUUGAGAAGAAAGAAGAGGAGCCUGGGGCACGAAUCUACUCUAUGAGAAUGUACGAUAUUGUACUUGACCGGAAAACUCCUACAAUGUCGCCAAAAGAAAGUGUAAGACAGUUAAGUGACAUAAUUUUCUUUUUCAUCAACCUUUAUAGCAUAAUGACAUUUCUCGUCUAUAUUAUUACGUAAUGACUGCGUCUAAGGCCUUGAAAAAUUCCAGCGAACCCCUCAAGGCCUGAUUCAAAUGGCAAUGACCUUGUUCAAUCAGCUCGGAGGCGAUAAAAACAGAGAAAUGAGAGAGUCGAUGAAUACGAACGUCCUGAGCCCUCGAUUCGCUCCGGUUAUGCGGGAUAAAGCCAGAUCGACCAAUAUGAAUCUAAGCCCAACGAUUUUAUCGUUUUAUGAGGACGAAGAGAACAAGAACAACAUUGCUUCGAUCCCGAAGCUGUUGAAAAGCGCUGGAGUAGAAGGGAAAGACCGCGAAGUCAUGCUUGGAGCGCUAAUGAAGGCGUCUGGAGCUACGGAUGUUGUCAACGACGCGAUCAACUUUUUGGAUGGCAUCAACUUUUUUGGCAAGUUUCUAACGUGUUUUCGAAAGUGUAAACGUUGUUUUUGUGACUGUUGGUGGUUCUGAAGCCUUUCAUGCCUAUUAUGUUUAUAGGCAUGAAAGACGAAGUGUUCGAAGUCACCGAGAGAGUUGCUGGAGUGUACGAAGAGCUAGAGGCGUCGUUUCAUCAAAGGCAACAUGACAGUCUCGAAAAGGAAGGUUUCACUUUUAUGGAUGACAAACAAUUGGAACAGUUGUACAACAGCGAAAGUAAUGAGACCAUUUCUAAUCGAAAACCCGUAUUUUAGAGCUUAGCUUGCCGGACAAGGCCAAAUCAUUGAACAAUUUGAAGAACACGACCAUUGCGCAGAAAAUGGAAGCCCUCUGGCUUACCAUUGAGCAAAUUGCAAGUGGGAAAUCCUUUGUAAGUUGCAAAACAAAUGCGUAAUCUUGGUUAGGAUGAGCAGCCGGUCUACAAAAACAUCACAGCCUCUGGUCGAUUCUCUCGCCACAAGAGAGAUCUAGCCACUCCAUCGGUCCUCUCACCGGUAAUUUUGGCGCCCUAUAUGUUCGCGCCUGUAUUCGGCCUCAGUGUUCUGGGGCCGGUAAUCCUAUCGCCCAAUAUUUUCAGUCCCCUUAUUCUAAACCCUUCGGUUCUCGGCCCGUUUAUUAUGUCGCCGGCCGUAGCCAUUCCUUUCAUUAUCUCGCCGUAUCUAUUAUCACCCUACAUUCUUUCGCCGCUGGUGAUGGCACCUUUCAUCCUGAAUCCCUACGUUUUGUCCCCCAACGUGAUCAACCCGUACGUUUUGAGUCCUCUCGUAUUAAGUCCGCUCGUUCUGUGUCCCGACGUAAUAUCGCCGAUGACGUUGGGUGGCGCGGUGUUAAGCCCUAGUGUGGCGUCGCCGGCGGUCCUAACCGAAACAUUUCUUAUGUUAACCGUACUUUCACCGUCUUUCCUGUCUCGAUGA